AUGGCAGCUCCAAGCACAAGUUUGACAAAUCCACAGAUCCCACAGUUUAAUGGGAAAAAUUAUGAUUACUGGGCAAUCACAAUGAAGGCAUUAUUUUGUGCACAAGAUUUAUGGGAGUUUGUUGAAAAUGGCUACCAAGAACCAGUAGAUGCAACAACAUAUAAUGCAUUAACUCAAGCAGAGAAAGACUUAUUGAAGGAAAAUAAAAAGAAAGACUCAAAAGCCCUCUUCCUCAUCUUUCAAGGAGUGAAUGAAAGCAUUUUUCCAAGGAUUCAAGUAGCAACAAAGUCCAAGCAAGCAUGGGACAUUCUUCAAACAGCCUAUCAAGGAAUGGGAAAGGUAAAAAUAACUAAGUUGCAAAUGUUAAGAAGGGAUUUUGAGACCAUCUACAUGAAAGAAUCAGAUACAAUAGAAUCAUUUUUCACUCAAAUCAUUGGAUUGGUAAACCAAAUCAAAACUCAUGGUGAAAACCUUGAAGAAAGAAGAGUGGUUGAAAAUAUUUUGAGAAGUUUGCCUACAAGAUUUGAAUCUAUUGUGGUGGCCAUAGAAGAGACAAAGAAUAUCUCACAAUUUUCAGUGGAUGAGCUUCAUGCUUCACUCAUUUCUCAUGAGCAUAGACUAAGCAGGUCAACAAAUUCAAAUUUGGAGCAUGCAUUCAAGACACAAGUUUCAAUCAGCCAUGGUAGAGGCAGGGGAAGAACAAAUUUCAGAGGUAGAGGAAGAAAUUCAUAUAGAGGUGGAAGAGGCAGCCCAUCAAAUUCAAGUGGAAGAGGUAGCAGCCCAUCAAGCUCAAGUGGAAGAGGCAACUAUCAAACAUCAACUCAAAAUCAACUCCAAAGCUAA